CGAUUAUUUGUAUUGUGCAGAAGGGAGUGAUAAAAUAUGGCGAUGAGUUAUUGCAAGAACAAUGAUUCGAUGAAGAAAGAAUGUCCCUACAUGGAAAAAUGUUACCGAAAGAAUCCGAUCCAUUUCAACGAGAUGUCACAUCCGCAUUUGGAAAAGAUUGUGAUGAAUCAAUUAGAAGGGGAGAUAAUGGUACCUGAUACUCUUGACUUUGAGUGUAACAAUCGAUCGCUUUUAGUUGAUCAGUUAAAAGUUUUACAAAUGGUAUUAAGGAAGCACAGAAAUAAUAGUGAAAAUAACAUGCCCUCAACAACAAAAAAUUCCACUGCCACGAAUAAAGACAUUGGACUAAGUCAGGCCUUGAAAAAUAAGGUAGAGAGACAUAAACAAGUAACUACCCAAAGGCGAGAUAACAAAUUGAAAGGAAUGGAUGAUGAAGCAGAAGCUCUUUUUAAAUCUUCUGCUAGCAGUAGUCAGAGCAACACGAUCAGCAGUAAAGUAAACGUAAUGAAGGAAGAGUUAAAUAAUCUCCAAUUGACAGAGGAAAGAAUGCGAAAAGAAGAAUCCUCUCAGGUGAAAAAAAGGAACAACAGUAGUUUUAGUAAUGAUGACAGCGAAAAGAAAAGGUCCAAGUCAAAUCAUGAUGAAGAAGUUCAGGAAUGUGCUCAAAGUUCUAAUGAAAGUUCAAACAGUAGUUCUAGUUCUAAUUGUUCAAAACGAUCAUCCGUAUUCGAAGCAUUUCAAGUGUGCAACUCUGCAAAGUCCAGGGAUGAAGUUAGAGAGAGAGUAAUUAAAAUGAUGAAACGGCAUGGUCUACAAGUGUCAGUGGUUGAACCAGGACACUUUGCCCUCAAAUAUGCUUUGUCAGCACCAUAUCAUUUAUUCUUUACAAGAAUUCAGAAGUCACAGGAAACAUACGAUCAACAGUUUUCUAUAACAUUUCCUGAAAUCUUAGACAGAAGCCUAGGAGAAAUUGUCUCUAGCUUACAAAUAAAUUUUAUGGUUGAUGUCGGGUGGUUAUGUUCACAAUAUUUGCUGGCUGGUCAGCGUACGGAUAUGUUAAUAUUAUAUGGAGAACGGGUAGAUGAAGAAAAAGCGGGCUUAAAUAUUACUUUGAUACCUAUAGAGAUGCCAACCAAGUUUGGUUGUCAUCACACCAAAACAAUGAUCCUAAAGUACAAAGACGAUGGCAUAAGAGUUGUAGUAUCCACCGCAAACUUGUAUUCUGAUGACUGGGAGAAUAGAACUCAAGGAUUGUGGAUUUCGCCUCACCUUCCGCCACUACCGGAAUCCGCAAAUUCCCGCGACGGAGAAUCACCAACAGGUUUCAAGAAGGAUCUGGAGCGUUACCUGCAUAAAUACAGACAGCCAGCUUUAACAGAAUGGAUCUCGACUGUCCGAAGAGCAGAUUUCACAUCUGUCAAUGUGUUCUUCGUGGCUUCUGUUCCUGGAACACACAAAGACUUAGAAUACGAUUCUUGGGGGUAUCGAAAGUUAGCCGCUGUUCUGUCAAAGCAUGCCACGUUACCUCCGGAUGCGCCUCAGUGGCCAAUUGUUGCUCAAAGUUCCAGUAUCGGCAGCUUAGGUCAGAGCUAUGACUGUUGGCUUCUAAAAGAAAUCGUACCCGCCAUGUCGAGAGAGAGUGGAAGCGGUUUAAAAAGUUUCCCGACGUUUCAGUUCAUUUAUCCCUCAAUAAAAAAUUAUAAAAACAGUUUUGAUUGCCAAGUUGCAUCCUGUUGCUUACCCUACAGUCUUCAAACGCACACUAAGCAAGUGUGGAUAGAAUCACACCUACACCAGUGGAAGGCUUCACACACAGUGAGAGACAAAGCCAUGCCUCACAUAAAGUCUUACACAAGAUUUUCGCCCGACUUAAAGAAAAUCCCGUGGUUCGUCCUCACCAGCGCUAAUUUAAGCAAAGCCGCAUGGGGGAUGACUAAAAAGUCACAUUACAUAAUGAACUACGAAGCUGGCAUUGUAUUUGUACCAAAAUUCGUUACUGGAUCAACAACAUUUCCGGUUCAAGAGGAAGAGGUUGGAGUACCUGUGUUUCCUAUUCCAUAUGAUAGACCCCUAACGAAAUACGAAUCCGGGGAUAAGCCAUUUGUCACGGAGUUCUUCCAAGGUCACGAAUAAACCGCCAGUACGUAAGCGCUCUAAAAAGUGUACUGAAACCAGAUCUGAGUAAUCACGAAUCUUCAAAACUUAUUAUACAAACCGUACUGUACAAGUGAAUUUUUUUUUUUAAUAAAUGUGAUAU